AUGAGGCCGAUUUUACUUCAAGGACAUGAACGUCCACUAACUCAAGUAAAAUUUAAUGAUGAUGGUGAUCUUCUUUUUUCCGUAUCUAAAGACCAUAUUAUUAAUGUAUGGUUUUCACAUAAUGGAGAGCGUCUUGGUACAUAUCAUGGGCAUCAAGGUGCUAUUUGGUCAGUCGAUGUAAAUUCUACAUCAACACUUAUGGCAAGCGGAUCUGCAGAUAAUACAAUCAUGCUAUGGGACGUAAAAACGGGAAAAUCCCUUAAAGUUUGGAAAUUUCCGACAGCAGUAAAAAGAGUUGAGUUUAACGAAGACAACUCUUUACUUUUAGGCGUUACAGAACAAAGGAUGGGUCACAUAGGAUCAUUAGUCGUGUUUUCCAUUAUAAAUGAUGUAGAUGCAGAACAAGCUAAUGCACCUAUAUAUACAAUACUUACACAAGAUUCCAAAGCCACUGUCGCAGGAUGGUCUUAUCUAAGCAAUUACAUAAUUACAGGGCAUGAAAAUGGAUCUGUAUCUUGUUACGAUGCAAAAGCAGGAAAGCAUAUAAGGACAGAACAAAUACAUGAAAAAGGACAACCAGUAACAGAUCUUCAAUUUUCUCCUGAUAGGACAUAUUUUAUUACAUCUUCAAAAGAUAAAACAGCAAAAAUUUGCGAUGUUGAAUCACUUAAAGUGCUUAAAACAUAUAUAACAGAUACUCCUUUAAAUACAGCUGCUAUUACCCCUAUUAAAAACUUUGUAAUACUUGGUGGUGGCCAAGAAGCCCGUGACGUAACAACAACUUCCCAACGUCAAGGGAAAUUUGAGGCUAAAUUUUUUCAUAAAAUAUUUGAAGAAGAAAUAGGAAGAAUUAAAGGCCAUUUUGGUCCGCUAAAUACAAUUGCUGUUCAUCCUAAAGGUAUUGCAUAUGCUAGUGGAAGUGAAGACGGAUAUACCAGAAUACAUCAUUUCCCACAGAAUUAUUUUGAUUUCGAAUACAAUCUUUAA